UUGAAAUGUAACUUUGUUCAAGUGAAUGAACCAACAGCAUUUAUAAAGUUAUAAUCUUUCCUAUUCAAUUGGCUUUGGUUUUUUGUUUUCUUUUUGUUUUCUUUUUGCAUCCAACAUUUAUUAAUGUUGAACAGUCAAAGUUUGUUCAACUCGAAAUCGAUGCCCAAAGGUUCAUCAAUAAUUGUCACGAUUGCUUGAGAAGCAGCAAACUAUUAAAUUAUCCAAGUAAAUGUAAAAUGAAAAGAAAACAGAAUUGGAAACUUUGAAACAACAGUCGAGUGGAUUAAUGUUAACUAGUGAACUGUAUUUGUGAGGUUUACUGUGAACAAUGUGCAUUAACAUGUUGCUUUGUUUUACAAGUCCAUUACUGACCCAAUGUUGACCCUCAGAUUGUUGCGCUAUUAGAUUGGAAUUGGCAAAAUGAAAGAUUUUGUUGGUCAAUUUGUUUAUUACCUUUUAUUCAUAUCAUCAUUGGACUCAUUUACAUCAUCAUCAUCAUCAUCUUAUAAAGGUGAAGCGCCCAUAUUUUUGGAAGUGUUCACAGAGAAGGACGUUAAACCAGGUGAAAGUGUCUCCUUGAAGUGCAUGUCAACUGGUAACCCUUUGCCUCAGAUAACAUGGAAACUCGAUGGAUUCCCUUUGGAUAGCAUGAAAAAUGUCCGAAUCGGCGAUUAUGUGACCAAUGAAAAUUACGUCAUCAGUUUUGUCAACAUAAGUUCUGUGAGUGUUGAAAUUGGUGGAACCUAUUCAUGCACCGCUUCGAGUGAUAUAUCAACCAUUGAGAAUGUAGCCCCACUCCGAGUCUCAGGUCCGCCUUAUGUUCGUCCAAUGGGCAACCUGACUUUGGUGGCCCAUCGAUCACUAUCAGUUAAAUGUCCGGUCGGAGGUUAUCCAAUCGUAAACAUUUUCUGGGAAAAAAAUGGGAAAAGAUUGCCAAACAAUCACAGGCAAAUGCUCGAUAAAAAUGGAACCUUGGUGGUAUCUGAUAUAACCAAAGAAUCUGAUGAAGGUUACUAUUCAUGUACAGCAUCAAAUGAUGAAGGCGUUUCUUCAUCAAAUGGCUUUCAUCUUACCAUACAAGUGGCUCCAAAGGUUGACCAAUUUGUUUUACCUGUUGACAUACAAAUGGGCCAACGUCUAUCAAUUAGCUGUACUGUUAUUAAAGGCGAUCCACCAUUUCACAUUGAAUGGCUUAAAGAUGGUGAAACAAUUAGGGAAGAUGCAUCUUCAUCAAUUGCUAUUCACCAUUUAGCCGACUAUUCAUCAACCAUUCUAUUCAAAGCAAUCAAAGGUGAACAUCGAGGUAAUUAUACCUGCUUAGCCACCAAUGCUGUUGGUCAAGAUUCUCAUAGCCAAAUGAUGGUCAUUUAUGCUCCACCACAAUGGAUCUACGAACCAGGCGAUAUAAGUUCAACCAAAGGAGACCAAGUUUGGAGCAAUUGUCAAGCUUCAGGAUUCCCGAUGCCUUCAAUCAUCUGGAAAAGGGCUCAAAAUGGGACAACAAGUUAUAAAACAAUUGUCAGCUCAUUUCGAGUUCAAAUACUCGAUAGUGGAGCUCUUUUCAUAGAUGAUAUCCAAAAGAGUGACGCUGGACUCUACUUGUGUCAAGCAUCCAAUGGUGUUGGAACUGAAUUGAGUAAAGUUAUUCGCAUCUCGGUCCAUGAAGGAGCUUAUUUCACCAGUAAAUUUCGCUCUGAAACAUUUACCAAACUGGAAGAAGCCAAAUUAUCAUGUGAAGCUUAUGGCGAGAAACCAAUAACAAUUCAAUGGCGUAAAGACGAUAAGCCGAUUAUCUUUGAACCUAAAAGGGUCAUUUUGAAAGAUCACAUCACUACUGAAGGAAUCAUCUCGGAACUUGCCAUUCUCGAUGUUGAUAGACGAGACUCGGCAUUGUACAGUUGCCAUGCAACCAAUGGUUAUGGUAAAGAUGAAACUCGGAUUCAGUUGAUUGUCAGAGAAUCACCUGAUCCACCAACCGAUAUCAAGACGAGUGACGUUAAAAGUCGAAGCGUCAAAGUAAACUGGGCUCCUUCAUUUUCUGGCAAUUCACCCAUUCAACGUUACCACAUUUACCUUCGUGAAUAUCACAAUGAAGUCACCUUUUCGAGUCAUCAAAAUCGAAACCUGACAAUACCGAAUAGUGAAACUUCAUGGACAAUCAAUGAUUUAGUGCCUCUAACCAAUUAUACCAUUUGCCUUACUGCAGUCAACGAGAUUGGUCAAAGUGAACCUAGUCAGUUGGUUAAAUUUCAAACCGACGAAGAAGUGCCAAAUAAAGCUCCUGACCAUUUAAAAGGAUAUGCAUUAUCAUCUCGGUCAAUCAAAGUUGCCUGGAAUAGUCCAGAAGCACGAUACAGUUUUGGUAAAAUAAAUGGUUACUAUGUUGGUUAUCGUCCAGUUGAUUCUGGUGAUGCUUCAGUUUACAAAACGAUAACAAUUAGCGAUGAUUUUAGGCCUGAAAUAACGCUGACCAAUCUUGAAAGGAAAACAAAAUAUGAAAUUGUUGUUCAAGCCUUUAAUUCAAAGGGACCAGGAAUUUUAUCUGAUCCCAUUCUAGUUGAAACCUAUCAUCAAGAUCCACCGAAGCCACCUAAAAUUGAAUCAUCAACGGUUACUUUUACAUCAAUUACUCUGGAAUGGAUUGUUGAAUCAGACGAGAAUCAGAUAACAGGUUUCAUCAUCAGAGCAAGUUCAACUAAAAAUGAUGUUUUUGAAAAGCGAGUUACAUCCAGUCAAUUUAAUCACACUCUUCAUGGACUUUUUUGUGGCACCUUUUAUGAGAUAACAAUAAGAGCCUUUAAUUCAAUUGGAACCGGUGAUUCAAGUGAACCAUUGAGAGUUAAAACGAGUGGAUCAGUUCCAAUUGCUCCAGUCAAGGAAAUGUUUAUCAGCUACAUCAAUGCAACUUCAAUUGAAGUUGAUUUAACCUCUUGGAAAUCAUCUGGUUGUACAAUUAAACACUUCUCAAUCAAAUAUAAAACUCAGAAAGAAAAAAUGUGGACAAUUGUAUCCAAUAUGAUACUUAUGGGUAAAAAGACUAUUUGGAUUGAUGGUCUUCAUCCACAAACUUGGUAUCAUUUAAAAUCAACAGCUUACUCCGAUGCUGGAUCCACUGAUGCCGUUUAUAGUCUGAUGACAACUCAUUUUGUUGAUAAAGAGAGGCCAUUAUUACCCUUGACUUACAAUCAAUCAUAUUAUCAAGUAUUUUUUGAACUUGAAAUCCUGUUACCUCUGGUAUUAUCACUGAUGGUUGUUGUUGCUGUUAUUGUACUCAUCUGUAUAAUGAUGAAUAAACGGAUUCCUGAACAAGCUUUAUACACAAGAUCACCUGAAAUAACAAAAGGAGGAAUCUUGUCAAAGCAAGUUGAUGAAAUGGGCUUAAAUGAAUUUGAAAAGACUCGAACUAAAGUGAUUAUGGGACCAGAUCAAUCAUUAAUUGCUUAUCCAUCACCUUAUGCUUCCGUCCAGAUAAACGGAUCCAAUUUGACUGAACCUUCUUUAGGUUCAACAAUCCAAUCAUCAACGUCAACUUUAAAAGCAAAUAAUACUCUAAAUAAUAAUGGUUGUAUUGAUCAAAGAUUUAUCGAAGAGACUCCAUAUGCUACCGUUAAACGUACACCAAGACAUUGUAAAGCAGAUAGAAAUGUGUAUGAUUAUCCAGUUCCUCUUAACAAAUCAAAUGUUCAUCCAAUGUAUUCCGAAUGAGAGUUGACUUAGAUUUACUGACAAUCAACCUCCCGUUUUAUGUGCCAAUGGUAGACGCAAUUGAAGAUAAAUUGACAACUAUUUUUAAUCCUUUUCUUGCCUCCUAAAACAUUCAAAUGGUUAAUCAUUCAAUGAAAUUGAUUCCAAUGAUUCGUCAUACAAUGUAAUCUGUAGACUUAUAAUUUUGAAAAUUACAAGUCAAAUCAUCGAGCUUCCUGAUUCAUUUUUUAUAAAUUGAAACAUAAUGUAUAAAAGUUAUUAAAAUUGAUUUACAAAGAA